AUGGCGGCCACCAAAGGCGGAGAUAAAACCAAGGAGCUUAACUUUGUGCACCAAAACAGUAUUUUAUGUGAGACAGUUGCCAAGGAAAACAGAUGUCAGAAGAUUUUUACUAACUAUGGAAUAAAUCCUUUUAGGAAAAUACACGUGCUGGCUGGCAAACCCAACUCGCCCCACGAUACAGCAGAAGGGGAAGAAGAUCCUAAUUUUCUGCGAAUCAUUGAGAGAGCUAACCAGGAACCUGUGAAGAAAUAUUCCUCUCCGCAGACAGAGUCUCAGGAAUAUGGAUGGAUAAACACACCUUUGAUUGAGCAUGACAAGUCAGACAGGCGUCUGAACUUUCACCACCAAAACACAAGUAUAACAAAGUACAUGGACAUUGCUUGGAGAAUGAAAGAUCAAAAAGAACAUGGAAAAGAAACAGCCAAGUGA